GACUUCCGCGACGUCGUCCAGAAGCUCACCGGCUCCCCCUCCCACCUCCUGCCGCCCCAGGCUGCGGCGGCCCCGCCGCCGGCGCGUCCCGUCAUGUCCCCUCCGCCUCCGCGCCCCAUCAUGGCCCCUCCGCCCCCGCCUCCGCUGUCCGCCAUCCCGUCCCGGCUCCACCGCAUCCGGCCGCCGCCGCUGGCCCCGCCCCGCCCGGCGGCCAUCCUGCCGUCGCCGGCCCAGCCGACGCUCUCCCCUCUCCCGGCGCUCCCUUCGGUCUGCAUGUCGGCGGAGUCCCCCAUCUCAGCCUACAUGCGCCGGCUCCGCGGGAUGCCGUCGCCGAUCCUCGUCCCCACAUCGCCGCUCGGGUUCGGCUGCCUCCACUCGCCUCGGGCGCCGACGUCUCCCGGCGUGGCCAUGCCGGCCACCAGCCCCCGCGUCCGCGACCCGUGACCAAGAAACAACAUCUGCCGCUGCUUCCGAUGUGUAGAUAUGGCCGGCCUAGGAGGGAGAUCUGGGGAAGCGGCGGCGGCGAGGAAAGGGGACGAAGCAGCAAUACAAUUACAAUGUGUUAGCUUCGCCUUCAAAAUCCAAUCUGAAAUUCUUUUUUGUAGCGUGUUCUACCUUACCUACCUUAAUAUUUUCUUGGUGUAUAUGGAGCAUGCUGUGUUUGACAAAGGAUAUGACUUGUUCAUGUUUGGCCAAAUUCUUUUGUAACAAGCUUAUGCUAUAUGUAGUCGCAAAUCCAAACCUUUAUAUGCAAAAUUUCUUUAGGACAUGUUAUGGAUGAUGUUAUGAUAUGAUAUUCAAAGUUAUCAGCCA